AUGGUUGAAUCAAUCUCAGCUACUGAGACUUAUCAAGAAUUUGAAAAGAGAAAUGCUAGAUUCCUCAAUAUGAUUCAAGAUAAUGUAAAGUCAACUUCAUUCUUAAAUUUGAUUAGGAUAGAAACAUUCGAAGACAGGGUCUUGAUGGAAGAGAAAUUAGUCAAAAGACUCGUCAUUGUCUUAGAGGACUAGAUUGAAAAGAACCGUGAAAUCUCUAUUGAUAUAAUUCAAACAAUGACUGAGAAGCUAGGACUAAGAGAGGAAUCAUAGAUUCUACUGCCAGGCAUUGCUGCUAGAAUGAACAGUAUACCCUACCCUGAGACAUCUGAGGAAACUAGAGUCCUUUUAAUUGAUUUAUUGACUGUGUGUUUGAAAUCAGACAAGUAUUAGUUCUUGCCCAAGCUAGGAGAGAUUUGCAGUAUGCUGUCAAAAGCUGCCUUAGACCCUAAUCCUGAUAUGAAGGUUAAGGCCGCCUAAUUCGCUGGCUUGCUCAGUAGAUAACUCAUAGAAAAGGUUGGGGGUUACAUGAAAGCCAAUAUAAUUAGUAUGGUUAAGAACCUUUAGCAUUAGCAUUCUAAGGUUAGAAAAGCCACUUUAUUGGGAUUAAAGGAUGUGAUCGUUAGCAGAGGAGCUGAGCCAUUCCUAGAUGAUGCCAUUGUGCAGCUAAAGUUCUCAAUGAAUGACAGGUCUCAAGAUGUGAGACUUACAUUCUAUAAUGAAGUGCUGCAACACUGGCUAAACUCCAUGGAAAUAAACAGCUUGAAGUAAUACGAUGCUACAUUCGUACUAUUUUUACUUAAUGGAAUUACUGAUGAAUAUGCUGAAAUAUAAAACAAGAGCAUUCAACUAUUAGAGGAGCAUGGAAAGAAUAUGAGAGAGGCUUUGAUACAAUUAGGAGAGGAAGAUUAGAAGAUGAGUGAUGUAGAGUAAUCUUAAUGA